GUGAGAUACUUAACACUCAAGCAAGGAACACACAUCAACCGUUACCUAAAUUGGAAAUUUUCCAUAAUUGUGGUCUGUUCUACAGAUUCAGUUCCUGGUGCCCAACUAUGGAAUAUUAUGAUUAUGGAUAUUAUGAAUAUAAUGAAAGCAGCACAUCUGUUAAUGAUGCAGAGACAUUUUGUGAUAAUUCCGAAGUUACAGAUUUUAAGGGAGUUUAUAUGCCCAGUUUAUAUGCAAUCAUAUUUGUGGCAGGGCUUCUGGGCAAUUCUUUGGUCAUUGUGAUAAAGGUCCUUUAUGAGAAACUGAAGACCAUAACAGAUCUCUACAUGAUGAAUCUAGCAAUUGCUGAUUUGAUCCUACUUUGCACCCUGCCACUCUUGGUAGUUGAUGCACAGAUUGGAUGGACUUUCGGAACUUUUAUGUGCAAAGUUGUAAAUGGCGUGCACACCGUCAACUUCUAUAGUUGUAUAUUUAUACUUACCUGUAUGACCAUUAACAGGUAUCAUGCCAUUGUUCAAGCAACAAAAAUGCCAAAAUAUAAAAUAAUACAUGGGCGACCAAAACUGAAUACAAUAUUCCAAAUGCAGCCUCACCAAUGUCUUGUACAACUGCAAUAUAACAUCCCAACUUUUAUACUCAAUGCCCUGACUGAUGAAAGCCAGUGUGCCAAAAGCUUUCUUCACCACCCUGCCUACUUUCAAGGAUGCCACUUUCAGGGAAGUGAGAAGCAAAGAGUAGUAAGAAGCAAAAGAAUGAGAAAAUGAUGAAACUGAAAUGCAAGUUUGAUACUCUGUAAAAAAAAAUUAAAAAUAUGCCUUUCUGCAAAUUCUCAGAAUACUUUAUGAAUUAAAUUUUAAACUGAACUCUUAAGAAUUCCUUGAGACACAAGAGACUGCAGAUGCUGGAAUCUGGAGCAACAGACAAAAUGCUGAAGGGACUCAGUUGGUCAGGCAGCAUCUCUGGAGGGAAAUGGACAGUCGACGUUUCAGGUGACCUGAAAACAGACGUCAAAGAGCUUUCCCUCACAAAAGUGUGAAAAAAAGAGUAUGCUUUGGAUGUGUGGACUUUGUCCUUAGAAGCUUUUAGAAUAUCACUGUGAAACACCUUUUUUCAAGUAAGAUCUUUGGAUAUUCAAUGUUGAUCUUAAGAUAAAGUCUCAUUAUAAAUGUAUAAUUCUCUGGAAACAUUUGUUCAUACCCAAAAAAUUGAGGUAAACUACAGAUUGUAAUUAUUGAAAUUGUAUUUGAUUGCUUGUUAUUGCCUUCGUAUGUAAAAUAUAUGAAAACUCAAUGUAGUUUGAGUUUCCAGAGAUUCUUCAACCAGUUCUGUCCUGUGUGUUUGCUUGUGCUGAAUAAAGAACUGUUAU